UGGGAGAGAGUUGUGAAACCAGUCAUUCACUGUGUGAACCUCCUGGCAGGAUGACCUCAGAACAGAAGUUCCUAGAAGCCCAGGAGCUAGUAAAGACUCUCACAGAAAGACCAACUGAUGAAGAAUUCCUUGAACUUUACUCUCUCUUCAAACAAGGAACUUUUGGAGACAACACUACAGAUAAGCCUGGUUUUCUGGAUUUGAAAGGAAAAUACAAGUGGGAAUAUUGGAACAAGAAGAAAGGAAUGGCUAAGGAAACAGCUCAAGAACAAUAUGUCGCUUUCGUACAAACACUGCUAGAAAAAUACGCACACACGUGACAAUCUACUAGUAAAAAUUGUUUGAUUAUAAUAAUUGUUGCUUACCUUAGUUUAGUUUAUUAAAUUAUUUGUUGAUGAAAAAUGUGUUGACCCCUAAAAGUUCAACUACAACAUAAUUUGUUGUAGGUUUAAUGAUGUUUUUAUAGAUAUAAAUGACUUCCACAGCAAUGUACUUCAACAUUUAUUCUAAAGCUCAAUAAAAACAAUACUGUAAUAUUUACAACUGUUAUACCUAAUUAGAGGACACAUUUUAACUCUUUUUAAGAAAUUUGUUACAAAACCAUUUACAGUAAAAAUGUACAAUUUCAAAAAUAA